AUUAAUAAAAUAAUGCCUAUGGAAUUAGAAAAUCGACAUCGGCGGUAGCGAAUAGUACAUAGGAUUUCAGAAUAGAUUUUGAACAAAUUAUGCGUAUUUUUUACGCGACAUAGGCAUGAAUUUUUCAAUAUUAUCCAACAUCCUAGGGUAGACAACAAUUUGAAACAAUAUAUCAUUUUGGCAGUUGAGAAUUAAGGCUCGUUCUCUGUAGCUGACAUAUUUGCACAAAAUGUCUUGCACCAAAGGAUGCACUAAUAUGGUGUUGUAGAAAAUAUAGAUGGGAAAUCAUUAUUAGACGGUUAAAAUGUGCCUUACUACGCUCCUGCAUAUCUUUUCCCCAAGUAAGGUUAUGUAGUGACAGUGACAGUGAUUGCCACUUGUGUCAACAACGCUGUGUGUUAUUAGUCAUUAGUUUAUUAUAAUUUGGAAUUGUUUCCUAAAUUUACCAAAAAGUUUUAUAAUAUUCGAGAUCAAAUCUUCAGAUAUAGAAUGAAAAUGCCCCCUACUGAAAAUCAAAGUUCGCGUUUGCUUUCGACGGAAGAAAAUCUGCAAGUGUUUAAACUCUUGGGAAAUCGUUGCCAAACAAUGUGUACUACUGUUGUACAAGUUUUUACUACUCAGCCACCCCAUCACUCCCAAUGGUUCAAGAAAGACACGGGUAUUCUGUGUUUUGUGAAAGAUAAUAUCCGAAAAAAUUACUUUUUCCGAUUAUUCUGUCUGCGUAGCAACGCUUUGAUUUGGCAACACGAAAUGUAUAACAACAUGGAAUACAUGGAGUAUGCACCAUACCUUCAUGUAUUUGAAGGUGAGGAGUAUAUAGUUGCCUUUAAUUUUGUCAGUCAAGAUGAAGCGUCAGAGUUUAAAGAUAUAGUUGGACAAAAAAUACUAAUUAGGAAAAGAAGGGAGGAAAAGAAAGUCAAACAUAUGAGUCAGUCACAGACCUUAAGGCUUCCCGCUUCCAAUGAUAUCUACAAAAAGAGUCCAAAUCCUGAGGCGAAGUUAGCCAAACGUAGAAGAAACAUCACCAAAGCUGAUAUUAGUACCCCUAUGAAUUUUCAACAUAUUUCGCAUGUAGGUUGGAGUCCGGAAUCCGGAUAUGAUAUAAAUAGUGAAGAUGAACAGCUAAAAAAAUUUUUUGAAAAGGCAGGUGUUUCUGAAAAGCAACUUCAGGAUAAGGACACUAGGGAAUUUAUCUAUGAUUUUAUUAAUAAACAUGGUGGCCUCGCUCGGUUAGAAGAUCCUAAUACACACUUAAGUGAUGGUGGUCCACCUCCUGCUGUUCCUCCAAGGGGUCCUAUUAGACAGACUAGAGCUGCGCCUCCACCUCCACCAGUUUUACAUAGAGUUGAUAGCCCCAGAGUACAUUCAGAUGCUCUGCCUAGAAAGCCACGACCGCCUUCACCGCCCAAAACUGUGCCAAACAAUUUUACUGCUGCACCACCACCACCUCCACCUCCCCCACCUCCACCGAUGGAUAUACCCGUUGCGCCAUCUAUAGAUAUUAAUGGUCAUGCACCUACUCCUCCACCUCCUAUGAUCAACAAUGCCGCUCUGAUGGAAAGUAUUAGAAAUGGUGCUAGUCUAAAGCCAGUUGAAGGAAAAAUUACGCCACCGGAGGAUGAGGCUCGUGGCGAUUUGUUAAGUGAAAUUCGCAAGGGUAUAAAAUUAAAACCAGCGGAUGAAAGAGAAAUUAAACCCACUAUGAACACCUCAUUAAAAGAGUCUGCCCCAGGAAAUGAUUUGGCUACUGCUUUAGCGAAAGCUCUAGCUGAAAGAAGCAAAGCUAUACAUUCCGAAGAUGACGACGACGAUGAUGAUUCGGCUAGUUGGAAUGAUGAUGAAUGGGAAGAUUAACACGCCCAGAGCCACUUAUACAUAUUUUUUUAUAGUAACCCUAUAAUUACCCUAGAA